UAUCGUGUGGCUCUGCUGGCUAUGUGCCUUCUCUCAGCAGUUUCUCUUGGGCUCACCUUGCUGAUGUUGUUUGGUGUACUUCACGUUGGUUCACCGCGAUGUACCUGCUCUGGAGAAACAGUGGAACAUGACGCCCAAACUUGUGACGAUAAAGCUAUAAGAAAUGACACUCCUCAGGCAAAGCCAAAAGUGAAAGCACAGCCGUGUAAGGAUUCCGAUACAGAGAAACUUCAACGUUUACUUUUUAUUGCAUGCGCCGUUGCCUUUGCUUCAUUGUUGACAGCAUUUGCCACUUUGGUCUUAGCUGUGGCAAUCAUGACGGUACAGAGCGAGGUUUCGACAUGUACCCGUACACCUUCCGCAGCCCUUCCCUGUGGACCUCCAGGAUAUAAUGGUACCAAGGGCCCUGCAGGACCAUUUGGACUACCUGGCGUUCAGGGCCUUCGUGGACCAUCUGGGUAUAAUGGUACUCAGGGCCCACCUGGACCCGGGGCCAGUUCCUGUGUUUUUAAGACUUUAUUGAGCCCUGGCAUGGCAGCAUCCUCGAUCACCCGACAAGAAAUUACAGCGACGGAACCAAACGGUAAGAUCUUUAUCGGCGUAAACUGUGGUACAAAUGAUGCAAAACUUGCUAAAUUAUCAAGCAUCAUCUCAGGUGGAAAGAGAACCUACAAGUGCAAUUGCGAAGGUACCCUAACAACUGGAGAAUCAACGAUGUAUUGCUACAUGCACUACUGGGAGUGCCAGUCAUAAGAAGGAAAACGGAAAGCCGUUUGAUGAACAGGAGUUUUUGUAAAGAGCAUAACAGAGUGUUGAAUCAGAAACGAGACGAAGAACAAUUUUUUUACCUUUUUAACAUGUGCUAUUUUUCAAAUAUGCCCAGUAGAUGCCAAAUUAAUAAUUACAGAGAAAGAUGAAUAGAAAAGCGACGUCAAAAAUAAAUGAGUCAAAUCCUAG